GAUUUUCUAAAUCGCACCAACUAUCUGGCUCACUUCCAGCCGAGAAAUGGGGCCGCUUCAGCAAUCGAGGCAUUAACGGCUGUCCAGACGGCCCUCGAUGUGGCCCUACUUCAUUGUUCUCGACUCAAUCUGGCUGCCCUUUCGACUGCUGAUCUAACCACCGAGGCCUCGAAGGUCGUCCUCUGUGGAGAAGCCUGCCCCGUCGAUACUCCACCCCUUGAGGAUGGACUUUGUUCAGCUGUCGCGACUACCCCGACGACUUCAGAACUGAGCGACUCUACCAAAAGCCAACUGCAGCUCAGUCAGACCAUUGUCUCAGAAGAGCUCGAGUGGCGCUUCUCCCGACUUCGUGCCAGCCUUGGCUUGCCGCCGGUCUGUGUCUCUGGUCCUAUGGCUCGAGUAUUAGUUGCUGACCUGAUUGAGCGUCUCCUGCCUGAGCUCCGGCGCACACGGGCCUCGUCACUACAGCUCGACGAGUGUGUUUCUGAAUUGACGCAAGACAAUGGUGACACAGGGGCGCAAGACGAAUGGGAUGCGAUCGGCAGACGAAUUGGAAGGGAAGAUAAUACUGGUGAUGACAACUUCGCAUCCCAUACAUACAGCAAGUUCCAGGAGAGCAGUGGGGGGUUCAGUUCAACACCGCCUGAUAAAAUGUCCCUUUCUGCUAGAUCUACUUUGCUUAAGCAAUCUAGUGUCGUUGAUAGCCGUCAACUAAAGAGUAGACACUACGACAGACAGGAAAGAGACGUCAUCGGGGCUAGGUCCACAGAGAAGGAGGAUAAUAAGUUGGAAGAUGAGAGAUCAGGAUUAGAACAUAAAGAAAAAACUGAUCAGGCAGAUGUUAUUUCUGGUGAGGUCGAAAUAGUGGAAGAUGAAGUUGACGACAUGGAGGGAAGAGAUGAUGAAAAUAAACUGCGCCAUACCGAGAAAGAAAGGUUUCGUUCGUUUAAUGAGUUGUCAAACGACAGUCAUUUUCAAGUUGAGUUAGCCGAAGCCUAG